AUGCCUCCAAAGAGCAAAGGGAAAGGGAGAAAAGGAGUGAGGCAACAGCAGAAGAGACACAUAGGAGUUCCCUGGAGGGACAUGACCUGGCAGGCAAAAGCUGACAAUGAAAGGCUCAAGUGGAGGCUGUAGGACCUGGAGAAGGCGCUGGAGCAGGCACGGGAAGACAAGCGAGACAUUCAUGAAGAAACAACCCAGCAAUACCAAGACCUGCAGAAGCAGACAGCAGCCCACAGCCAGCACUUGGAGGAGAAGGUGAAGAGCCUGCAGGAGCAGCUCACCACUGGGCUCAGGGAGAGCCCGCAGACCCAGGAGACUGCCAUCCAGGCAGUAGCAGAGAGGUACAGGACCAUUGCCCAGCUGCAGAGCAGGCUUGAUGCCAUGGAAAGGGAGUAUGAGAAGAACCUCCAUGGUAGUCUGGACCUUGUGCUGGCCAAGAUGGCAGAGGCCAGCCAGCACUGGGAAGAGGUAGGAAUGACCAUUGCCAUGGAGCACAAGGAGUGCAUACAGGAGUUUGGCCUCAACCCCCUGUAG